AUGAUCAUGAGGGACAUUAUACAUUAUACGUACAAUCUUGGAGAGAAUCUAACUCCAAGAUAUAAAAUACUGAGCAAGAUGGGUGAAGGCACCUUUGGUCGAGUUUUGGAAUGUUGGGAUCGUGAAACCCAUGGAUAUGUAGCAAUCAAGGUAGUCCGAAGCAUAAGAAAAUAUAGUGAUGUUGCAAUGAUUGAAGUUGAUGUACUUGAACAACUUGCUAAGAAUCAUAAAGGAAGAUCACACUGUGUCCAGAUCCUGAACUGGUUCGAUUACCGCAAUCAUAUAUGCAUACUUAGCAAUGGGAAGGAGGUUUCUGAUACUUCUCAUAUUAUGCCUCUUUAUCGGGAUCCAAGCCCCAAAAACCAACCACGGAGACCAUAUUUCCAUCUCCGACCCCCAAAGAACUGGCUGAAUGGUCCAAUGUAUUACAAGAGAGUUUAUCAUCUAUUUUAUCAAUACAAUCCUUAUGGUGCAAUCUUUAAUAAAACAAUCCUAUGGGGUCAUUCCGUUUCCCAUGAUUUGGUAAACUGGAUUCACCUCAAGAACGCCAUUGUCCCAACCAAGUCGUUUGACAUCAACAGUUGCUGGUAA